AACUCUGAGCAAAUGACUCGUUUUGCUGAAAAAGUCGCUAUUAUCACUGGUUCUUCCAAUGGAAUUGGUCGAGCAACUGCUGUUCUCUUUGCACGAGAAGGAGCCAAAGUAACUAUCACAGGACGUCAUGCAGAAAGACUUGAAGAAACUAGACAACAGAUUUUGGCAGCUGGAGUUUCCGAGCAAAAUGUGAAUUCAGUUGUUGCUGAUGUUACUACUGAUGCUGGUCAAGAUGAGAUUCUCAGCACAACUUUGGGAAAAUUCGGAAAACUUGACAUUUUGGUUAACAAUGCUGGUGCCGCGAUCCCAGACUCCCAAAGUAAAACUGGAACUGCUCAAAGUAUUGAAAGCUACGAUGCUACUUUGAAUCUUAAUUUGAGAAGUGUGAUUGCACUGACAAAGAAGGCUGUUCCACAUUUGUCUUCUACCAAGGGAGAAAUUGUCAAUAUUUCUAGCAUUGCUUCUGGACUUCAUGCUACACCAGACUUCCCAUAUUACUCAAUUGCAAAAGCAGCCAUUGAUCAAUAUACUCGUAAUACAGCAAUUGAUCUUAUUCAACACGGGAUUCGUGUUAACUCAAUUAGUCCAGGACUCGUUGCAACUGGAUUUGGUUCAGCAAUGGGAAUGCCAGAAGAAACAUCAAAGAAAUUCUAUUCGACCAUGGCUACGAUGAAGGAAUGUGUCCCAGCAGGAGUAAUGGGACAACCACAGGAUAUUGCUGAAGUCAUUGCUUUUUUGGCCGAUAGGAAGACAUCAUCAUACAUCAUUGGACAUCAACUUGUAGUUGAUGGUGGAAGUUCUCUUAUUAUGGGACUUCAUUGCCAAGACUUUGCAAAACUUUUACAUUAAUUGUUUCAGUUAUCUGUUGUUUUAUUAAUCAAUAAACUAGCUUUU